AGGGAAAUUAUUCUCAUUCUUCCAGAUAUCGUUUUGUGCUAAACUUCGGCCUCGUAUUCUUGUGUUCACUCCCAACUCCGAUAAUUCACACAGUAUUACGAUGUCCGAAAAAUCUAGCCUAGAGGUCCAGAAGGACUGGCGCUCGAGUAAACACAUUUCCAAGCGAGCUCGUUAUCUCCUGGAUCAUCCUGAUGAAGAAAUUCCCAGCGAUGUCACCUUUCUUGUGGGAAAUGGAGAAGGCCAACCAGGAAAGAUCUUCUAGUGCCAUAAGUUCGUGCUUUCGCUGGUGAGCGCUGUGUUCCCAGCCAUGUUUUAUGGUCCAUUAAGCCAGUCCACGGAACUGGAAGAAACAAUUGAACUUCCUGAUAUUUCACCGACCGCGUUUCGCCUGAUGCUCCAAUUUGCCUACGCUGACGAUACGGAUUUCGAGAUCGAAAAUGGGUGUCCGUCGACGGCAGAUCUCCUGAACUUGCUGUAUUGCUCGAAGAAAUAUCUUAUCUCCAAGCUGACAAGGGAAUGUCGAGAUCGCAUCCAGUCAUUCAUAGAUCCCGAAAAUGCGUGCUUGAUUUUUCAGCAGGCUCGCUGUUUGGAGGAGGAGAUCCUUGCCAAAAUAGCACUCGCAGAAAUCUCGCGUUACGCAGCGGAUGCGAUGGACAGUGCAGGCUUUUAUUCUCUUUCCCUUCCUUGUGUGAAAGAAAUUUUGGAUCAGCCGGACUUGUUCGUAAUCGAAAGUUAUAUAUAUGAGUUUGUUCGCGCGUGGGUGAAUCACAACGUGGCCGCCGCCGCUGAUAAUCUACGCGAAGCCUUUGGACCGCUGUUGUAUUCCAUUCGCUUUCCAGUAUUUUCCGCUGAUGAACUGUUUAAAGGACCUGUGAAAGAUGGUGUUCUUACCGAUCGCGAAGUGCGGGACAUUUUUCAGCAUAUACAUGCAACAGAAAAGCCGAUUUUGCCCUUCCUUACCAUGUUUCGAACAUCUCCGCGGAAUCGGUGCAUUUGGGAAUUUACUUUUACGAACACCGUGUUGAAAAGAACUCCAUGGUCAUGCUUUAGCGUUCGGAUUACAAUGUACCCAAACUUCGCUCCGGAAUGUUGUCGUUUUCUCCGGCAGAUUAUCGAAGGACAAUGCCGCAUUCUGUUUGAGGGCUACACAAAUCGGUUUCUGCGUUGCGAAGUGCCCGGGACAGCAAUUAUGGAAGAGGCUACGGUGCUAUCACAUUCCGAGAUGGGGGCUUGCUGGUUGGAAUGGGAUGUAGAUGAAGUGGGCGCUAUUUCCGGUCUUCGUAUAGCUGCCUGGAGAAAACCGGCUGCCAAUCACAGUGCGGUAUUUGGCAAGUUGGAGGAUACCGAUAGUGACUUUCAAGAAAUGUUCCGCAACUUUUCCUUUCUGCCAAGAACGAGUACUUCUAUUACACACAUUCGAAUCUUUGAAGAAGCUAAGUAGGGGAUAUGUGAAAAAUUUUGAUAUUGCCGGAUACUUUAUCUGGGCAUGAUUGUGUUUUCUGUUUUAAUAGAGAUCCGGUACGUUAUUUAAGUUUUUAAAAAUUGGUUUUUGUAGUACCUUUGUAAUUUCGUGCUUUCACGCAUCAACGUUGUGAUAUUCCGUGAAGUUGGACAACAAUCUGAUAAGUUUAUUUGUGGCGCGAUGCCCGAUGCAGUGUGCAUAAAUCCGCUAAUUCCACAGAAUCCUGUACAUCUGUAAUAAACUUC